CGUUUAGUUUGGCGCUUUCAGCGCCCAGUGCAAAGCCAUUGUUGAAAGUUUGAAUCAUUCUUCUUCAUUUCUCCUUCUCUCUUUCUCUCUCUAAUAAUAACCUAACUGUUCAAAUUUCACUUCCAUUUCCUCUCUCUGUUCGAAAUUACCAUGAAUUCUGAAUGUGUGUGAACGAGGUUUCGGUUCAGAUCCAGAUUCAUGGGGAUUUGCUUCAGCAUUGAAGAACACAAACACUUCUCCCUCUCCGAUUCAAAUUCAAACCCUAAAACUGCAGUAGGAAAUGAUGAAUCCGAUGCACGAACUACUCCAUUAGGUUCCGGUUCGAUGAAUAUCAAAGAACUUCGCGAAGGUGCUGGUUACAGCAACGUCGAUAUUUUUACUUACCAGGAAUUGAGACUCGCAACGAAGCAUUUUCGUCCUGAUUUCAUUUUAGGAGAAGGUGGAUUUGGAGUUGUAUAUAAAGGAGUUAUAGAUGAUAGUGUAAGGACCGGUUACAAAUCCACUGAAGUCGCCAUUAAAGAACUUAAUCGCGAAGGAUUUCAAGGCGAUAGGGAAUGGCUUACUGAAGUUAACUAUUUGGGUCAAUUCAGUCACCCAAAUCUUGUGAAGCUCAUUGGAUACUGCUGCGAGGACGAACACCGGUUGUUGGUCUAUGAGUUCAUGGCAAGCGGGAGUUUGGAGAAGCAUCUUUUUCGCAGAGCGGGCUCAACAUUGAAUUGGUCAAAAAGAAUGAAGAUUGCUUUACACGCUGCAAGAGGUCUGGCAUUUCUUCAUGGUGCAGAAAGGCCCAUCAUAUAUCGUGAUUUCAAGACAUCAAAUAUCUUGCUAGAUGCGGAUUUCAAUGCAAAGCUUUCAGACUUUGGCCUUGCAAAGGAUGGGCCAAUGGGGGACCAAACACAUGUUUCAACACGAGUAAUGGGAACAUAUGGAUAUGCUGCUCCGGAGUAUGUCAUGACUGGGCACUUGACUGCUCGAAGCGAUGUGUAUGGCUUUGGGGUGGUGCUACUUGAAUUACUUAUUGGUAGGAAAUCACUAGACAAGAGCAGGCCCAGCCGAGAGCACAACUUGGUUGAGUGGGCACGCCCACUGUUGAAUCAUAAUAAAAAACUUCUGAAAAUUUUAGACCCAAAAAUAGAAGGGCAAUAUUCAAGUAAAGCUGCAGCAAAGGUGGCUCAUUUGGCAUACCAAUGUCUUAGCCAAAACCCGAAAGGCAGACCUCUCAUGAGCCAGGUUGUUGAAAUCCUUGAAGAUUUUCAGUCAAAGGCGGCAAAUGAAGAAGAUCAAAUCCUUCAAAGUGGUGGUAGCAGUAUAACCAUUUAUGAGGUUCCAAAGGGCAAUGACACUCCAACUUAGGGUUAACCAAACUGCAAACGAUGAGGUCUAUAGGAGCGAGGCAAGACCAGAUAAAAGCAGAACACGGCCUUCAAAUGACUAUAUAAUCUAUGUUCUUCCCCAGAUUCUGACGCACCAAGAUCAGCUUCCUCUCCAACUUGAUGUUUCAUCUCUUUGUCCAAAAUGUUAACAGGUGGAUCCCGGUGAUGUUUCCAGAUGUUUGUCUGAUUUGAGCAGAAUUUGGCAAAGGCAUCUAUGUAGCUUAAGCAUUCCACUUCAAUUAUUCUUCUUUCCAAUUUUGAAUCAUUAGGAUUUUGUUAAUUGGAAUAUUUCAUGUAGUUGUGUCAAACAAAAAUUUAUUUUUUAAUUAUUUCCUCUGCACACAAAAUGCAUUCACUGAACUGAAGCAUGUCUUCUGUCAAAUCAAUAUUCUCGUUGCAAUGAAAAUUUCAUCAGAAUAUCAUAGGG